AUGACGCAGUCCUUUGAUAAAGGCCAGUCGGCCAGCGGCUGGAAAUCCUGGUCCACUAAGAAGAAGAUCUUUGUCCUCGCGCUCGUCCUCCUGGUCGUCGUCGCUCUCGCCGUCGGUCUCGGAGUAGGUUUAGGUGUCGGCCUGAAUCACGGCGGGGGUGACAAUGAAGGAUCCGGCAGCGGCGGCGGCGGCGGCGGCGGCAACACCACCACCACCCCGCCCGAGAGCAACUCCACGACGGCCAAAUGGCAGCCCGCGGUGGGCACGACCUGGCAGAUCGAGCUGCUGUAUCCGCUCAACGACACCUCGGUGAACGUCGACGUCUACGAUAUUGACCUGUUCAACAACGACAAGUCGACAAUCAAGGCGCUGCAGGAUGCCGGCCGCAAGGUCAUCUGCUACUUCUCGGCGGGCAGCUACGAGAACUGGCGGCCGGACAAGGGCCGCUUCAAGCCGGCCGAUCUGGGCAAGGAUCUGGACGGCUGGGAGGGCGAGAAAUGGCUGAACCUCAGCUCGGCGAACGUGCGGCAGAUCAUGCUGGACCGGCUGGACAUGGCGCGCGACAAGGGCUGUGAUGGCGUGGACCCGGACAACGUGGACGGCUACGACAACGAGAACGGGCUGGAUCUGACCGAGGCGGACUCGAUCGACUUUGUAAACUUCCUGGCCAACGCGGCGCACGCGCGCAACAUGUCAGUCGGGCUGAAGAACGCGGGCGCGAUCAUCAAGUCCGUCAUCACGAACAUGCAGUGGAGCGUCAACGAGCAGUGCGCCCAGUACAGCGAGUGUGACACAUACGCCGUGUUCCCGGAGAACGGCAAGCCUGUGUUCCACAUCGAGUAUCCCAAGGGUGCGGACACGAACAAUGGCCUCUCGGUGACGACGAAGCAGAAGGAUGCGGCCUGUCAGUUUGCCGACUCGGGCAACUUUUCGACCGUGAUCAAGAACAUGGACCUGGACAAUUGGAUCCAGAUGUGUUAG